AGCAACAUGGGCCGCUGCUUGGAGGUCGAAGUUAAACAAAACAGCAGCUAAGAUAACCACAUUUAUCGGCCCCGCAGUCCUGCUAGGUUUUCUUUAGGCAGCCAGUCAGACAGAAUACUUUUUGGCAGUUUCCGCUCUCCAUGCUGCUGUGCCGGCUCCCGGUAGUUACCCGGAGCGUAGCGAGGUGGGGCGAGGGUGCACGCCGGGCGAGAGCGCUCCUCCACCCCGCAGUCGCCUUCAGCUCCAGCCGCAGUUGUGAUGUCGGCUCCACCGACGGCUCUAGUGCGCAGCCUGCGGGAAACGGCGCUGUGCAGGGGCAGUACCGGGACAGUGUGUUGCUCCCCCGCACCGCUUUCCCCAUGAAACUAACCGGACAGACACUGCUGGACCGGGAGCUGGAGAUUCAGCAGGCGUGCGGCUUUGCAGGUCUCUACUCUUGGCAGAGAGAGAGAAAAGCCAAAAAGGAGUUCUGCCUUCAUGAUGGACCCCCAUACGCCAAUGGAGACCCUCACGUUGGACAUGCACUCAACAAGAUCCUGAAAGACAUCCGCAACCGUUUCGAGAUGCUGAGGGGGAGACAGGUCCACUACAUCCCGGGCUGGGACUGCCAUGGUCUGCCCAUUGAGUUGAAGGCCCUGGGGGAGCUUGGCACUAGUGGUCUCAGUCCGCUACAAAUCAGACAGAAAGCCCGGGAGUUUGCAGAAGGGGCCAUAGCCCGUCAGAAGGCUGCUUUCCAGCGCUGGGGGGUGAUGGCUGACUGGGACAAUUGCUACUACACAUUUGAUGGUACCUAUGAGGCAGCACAGCUCAAGGUCUUCCAGGAGAUGCACAGCAAGGGGCUAAUAUACCAGGACUACAAACCAGUCUUCUGGUCACCUUCUUCCAGAACUGCCUUAGCUGAGGCAGAGCUGGAAUACGACCCUCAGCAUGUCAGCAAGGCCAUCUAUGCUACAUUCCCUCUGUCCAAACCGCCACCUAACUUAACCUUAGAAGCAGUUGAUCCGGGUAGUAUCCAUGUGCUGGUGUGGACCACUCAACCUUGGACUAUCCCUGCCAACCAGGCUGUCUGCUACAUGCCCAAUGCACAGUACUCUGUGCUGAAGCGGGCAGACAACUCUCAGCUCCUCUUAGUGGCCGCUGACCGCACUGCCAGCCUGUCAGCCUUACUGGGCACAGAGCUGGAAACCAUAGGCACUUUCUCAGGCUCACAGCUUGAGGGAGGGAUCUGUAAACAUCCCACAAUUCCUGACAAGGAAGUGCCCUUAUUACCAGCUAAUCAUGUGACGAUGGCAAAAGGAACAGGGUUGGUCCACACAGCGCCAGCCCAUGGCAUGGAGGACUAUAGUGUGGCUUCUCAGUUUAAUCUGUCUGUGGACUGCAUGGUGGACGAGGAGGGCAAGUUCACUGAGCUGGCUGGCCCCGAGCUGCAAAAUCUGUCUGUCAUGGAAGAAGGCAAUGAUAAAGUAAUCUCUAUGCUGGUAGCGUGCGGGGCGCUGGUUAAGGAGGAGCAGUGUGUUCAUAGCUACCCAUACGACUGGAGAACCAAAAAGCCUGUAGUCAUCAGGCCCAGUAAACAGUGGUUCAUCAACACCGCGUCACUUAAAGACAAGGCCAAGGAGGUGCUGCAGAAGGUGCGCAUUUUGCCGGAGUCUGCGCGGGGCAGCUUGCUCACCAUGCUGGACAGAAGGACAUACUGGUGUAUCUCCAGACAGCGGAGCUGGGGUGUCCCCAUCCCCGUGUUCUACCAUAAAGAGACCGGAGAAGCACUCAUGAACAAACACACAGUGCCCCAUAUAUCAAAGCUGUUUAAAGAGAAAGGCAGUGAUUGCUGGUGGGAGCUGCCCCUGGAGACCCUCCUGCCAGCGGAGGUGCUCAAGAAGAGUAAAGCGGGACCAGUGACCGACUAUGUCCGCGGGGAGGACGUGCUGGACAUCUGGUUUGACAGUGGAGCUUCGUGGGCUGCUGUACUUGAGGAGGAGGAGGACGAAGGCUCUGAGGAGGCCGAUUCGCGUCUCAGCUGGCUUCCUGCUCCGCUCCGCAAACCGCUGGUCGCAGAGUCUGACCCCAGGGCGGAUGUCUACAUCGAAGGGAAGGACCAGAUUGGUGGCUGGUUCCAGUCCUCGCUGCUCACCAGUGUAGCCGUGAGGAAUAAAGCCCCAUACAGGUCUCUGGUGGUCCAUGGCUUUGCGGUCAGUGAGAAGGGAGAGAAGAUGUCCAAGUCUUUGGGCAAUGCUGUGGAUCCUGACACCAUCAUUAAUGGAGGGAAGGACCCCGGUACAACAGCCUACGGGGCUGACGCGUUGCGCUGGUGGGUUGCAGAGUCAAAUGUCUUUUCUGAGAUCCAAAUCGGCCCCAACGCUCUCAACUCAGCAAGAGACGGCAUCAGCAAGUUGAGGAACACUCUGAAGUUUCUGCUCGGCAAUCUACAUGGGUUUGACCCCCGCACUCAAGCUGUGGACCCCAAAGAGAUGUAUUAUAUCGACCAAUACAUGUUGCACCAGCUCCGCGAGUACAGUAUCAAGGUGACAGACGCAUACAAUGAGUUUGACGCAGGCCGGGCCAUCCGGAUCCUUCAGGCCUUCAUCACCAGGGAUGUAUCCAGCUUUUACUUCAGUAUCAUUAAAGACAGGUUGUACUGUGAUGCAGAGGACUCGCUGGGCCGACGUUCAUGUCAGACAGUCUUGGAAGAAGUGCUGGAUGGAUUGUCCAGAUCCAUAGCACCCAUCCUACCUCAUCUGGCUGAGGAGGUCUACCUGCAUGCUCCUGGACAUGAGGAGGGGGACACCUUGUUCAGGAGUGGCUGGAUCAAAAGCAGUUCUGUGUGGCGGAGGCCAGGAUUGGAGGAGGCGGUGGAGGGGGCAUGUGCCAUCAGAGACUCUUUCCUGUCCUCUAUCCCGGGCAAAAACGCCGCUACGUAUGACCUCAUCAUCGCCAUUGAACCCGGCCUGCUGUUUGAACUGAUGGAGUCUCUCCAGGAGGAGCCCAGCUCCACCUCCUCCCAGCUGACUGAGCUGAUGAUGGCUGCACGGACCACCCUGACCAGCUCCCUGCCCAGAGACCUGCCCCCUGAUGCCCUGCUCUGCAACGGCACCUUCCUCAUCAACCUUGAGGGUGGUAUUAUACGUGAAGACAGUGCCUACAGCAUAGCAGUGGUGCCUACCUCCGCGGCUCGGUGCCCGCGGUGCCGUCGCUACACUGCAGAGUCAGCAGACUGCCUGUGUCCGCGCUGCCAGUCUGUCAUCUCCAACACACACUGACACACCAGCCGCAUGGUCACCCUGACAGCUGACGUACAGCACUCAAAAUCUGUUCUGGUUUUUCUGCUUCAGUCCGGAGUUGCUCUUAAGUGCUGAAAUGGUUUUCCUGCUCUAGAUUCUUUUGAUUCAAAUAAAUGCAGAGUUGUAAAGCUGGCCCUGGAUCAGCAUCGUGAAGCAAAGUCACCCUAACCUAAUGGCGAGGAGCCAGCUAAGAGAACCAGCUGCUUGGAAAGAUGUCCAUACACUUCCUGGCAAUGCGAGGGAACGGAUUAAUGAUGGGAAACAAAGUAUGUUUUUAUUUAUUCGGUAAAGAGAGGAUUGUUGUCUUUUUUUUUUUAAAUGCAAUGCCAUACAUAAAACAAGUGGCAUGUGUGAAUUGUCUACAAAUAGAUGGGGGAAAAAAAGCCAAUGUUUGCCCUGGUCAGUGGACUGAGGCUUGACUGCAUCAGUAUUUGUUCAAUACAACUUGCCUGAGCAAGCAUUCUGGGAUGGGCAUGAUAGUUUAGUGUAAAUGUACUGUAUAAAUGUGUGUAUUGAGGAUACAGGCAAUAAUAGAGGGCUUGUAUGUUGUCUGAAAUUGUGGAAAUGGAAGUCACUACAGUAAAUGUCACUAUGUGACAAGGGGAGUUUAAUUAGGAGUAUGGGCCACUGUUCUUGGACUUGUAAAUGGACACCUUUGUAUAAAACCUUUAUCCUGGAUACUGCAUCCCUUCAAAUAAAUAUGCACAAGACCUGUCUGAAUUAUAAAUCUGUGAAGCUUUUAG